GACAGCCCCCGCGGCCUCGGUUUCUUCGUGGUGAUCGAGAGCAUCAUGCUGUGCGGAGGGCUGCUGAGUCGCCAGGAGGACGGGCCUUCGGGGUACAUCACCUCGCCCCUACACUCGAACGACUAUCCGGCCAACUCGGAAUGCUCCUGGUGGUUCACGGCCAGAGGAUCCAUAACGAUAAAGCUAAAUUGCCAUAGCUUUUGGCUGGAAGGCGCCGCCACUUCGCCGGACGGAACCACGCGAUGCAAAGACAGGCUGUCCGUGUCGUAUGAGGUGGGUCACUCCCAGGCUACGGAAUACUGCGACACGGACCUGCAACACCACACCAUCUGGAGCAAAGGGCCGCACCUCCUCGUCAGCUUCCGGUCCAACGGCGUCAACCAUUACACGGGCUUCAACUGCUCAUACGAAUUCAUUCGGUAUGGAAAGUAGCAGCCGGAUGGAAGGAAGAGAGGGAGGAAGGAAGGAUAGAAGGAGGGAUGGAAGGAAGGAAGGAAGGAAGGAAGGAUGGAUAGAUGAAUGGAAGGAAGGAAGGAAGGAAGGUUUCUACUGUUCAUAAAAGUUCAUCUACCAUGGCAAGUAGCAGCCGGGAGAAG